AUGCGACGGACGGAAAACGAAAUCCAAACGGCGAUAAACAUAAAACCCAAUUUACUCGCUCCGAUUCCUCUAGAGAUUCAGUUUGGGUUUCGUCUGAUGGAAAGAAUCAUGUCUCUGCUUCCAAUUUCAACCGCCUUGUUUCUCUUCCUCUUCUGCGUUGCUCCGCCGAUCAUCACCGCCGCUACGGAUGACGAUUUGCCGACGGCGUACUCUGUUCUCCAGAGCUACAAUUUCCCCGUCGGGAUUCUCCCUAAAGGAGUCCUAUCGUAUGAUUUAGAUGAAUCCACAGGGAGAUUCCACGCGUAUUUCGACAAGUCGUGUAAGUUCUCUCUCCAAGGCUCUUACCAAUUGGAGUACAAAUCGACGAUCUCCGGCUACAUAUCGAAGAACAAGCUCACGAAGCUUACCGGCGUGAAGGUGAAAGUUCUCUUCUUGUGGCUCAACAUCGUGGAGGUCAUCAGGAACGGAGACGAGCUCGAGUUCUCCGUCGGGAUCACAUCGGCGAACUUCGCGAUCGGUGAGUUUUACGAGUCGCCGCAGUGUGGGUGCGGGUUUGAUUGCAAGGGAUCGAAAUCGAAAACGGAGAAUUUUGGAAGAAACCCUUUUGUUUCUUCGGUUUGA